AUUUGGAGAGGAGAAGAAUCUAAUAGAAUUCUUUGGGAUCAACCUAUACCUCACUUACAUGAUAAUAAUGAUGACUCUAAUCAUGAUACCAAUAUAGCAAAUCCCAUUGGAAAUAUAUUUCAUAUAGAGUCCCAGACGCCCCCUAUGGACAUGCAAAGUGAUAAUGUAUCUGAAGAACGAACACGAGCAAAUAAGCGGACAAAAACAAAGAUUCGAAGCUCUACUUCCAUAGAUAAUACAUCGAAAAGAAAGACAGAUCUUGAAAAAUUAAUGAAAGAUACUAAUAGAUUGGCACCUAUAAAUCCAUCUUUGUCUCA